CGCGCGCAGCCUGACGGGCCGUGGGUCCUCUCACGCGUUUUUCUCCUGUAGGAACCGGCGUGCGCCGUGCGCGCGACUGGAAGAAGCAGCAUGCUGAUCCCAUUUUCAAUGAAGAAUUGCUUCCAGUUACUUUGUAACCUCAAGGUCCCAACAGCUGGCUUUAAAAACACAGAAAAAAGUGGGCUUAUUUUACAAUCGAUUUCUAAUGAUGUUUAUCAAAAUCUGGCUGUAGAAGACUGGAUCCAUGACCAUGUGAAUCUAGAGGGCAAGCCGGUUCUUUUCCUUUGGAGAAAUUCUCCCUCUGUUGUAAUAGGUAGACAUCAGAAUCCUUGGCAGGAAUGUAACCUGAAUCUGAUGAGAGAAGAAGGUAUAAAACUGGCUCGGAGAAGAAGUGGAGGAGGAACAGUCUAUCAUGAUAUGGGUAAUAUCAAUUUGACUUUUUUUACAACCAAAAAAAAGUACAAUAGGAUGGAGAAUUUAAAAUUAGUUGUGAAAGCUCUGAAUGCUAUCCAACCCCAGCUGGAUGUGCAGGCCACCAAAAGAUGUGACCUUUUACUUGAUGGACAGUUUAAAAUCUCAGGAACAGCUUCUAAGAUUGGCCGGACUACUGCUUAUCACCAUUGCACUUUAUUAUGUAGUACCAAUAGGACCUUCUUGUCAUCUUUGCUGAAGAGCCCUUACCAGGGGAUCAAGAGCAAUGCCACUGCUAGCAUACCUUCUGGUAAAAAUCUUUUGGAAAAAGAUCCCACUCUGACCUGUGAAGUACUGAUGAAUGCUAUUGCUGCAGAAUAUGCUGCUUACCAUCAAAUUGAUAAUCAUAUUAACCUAAUAAACCCAACGGAUGAGACACUGUUUCCUGGAAUAAAUAAUAAAGCCAAAGAACUACAGAGCUGGGAGUGGAUAUAUGGCAAAACUCCAAAGUUUAGUAUAAACACUUCCUUUAAUGUAUUAUAUGGACAGUCAUAUUUGGAAAUUAAAAUAGUCAUAGACAUAAAGAAUGGAAGAAUUGAAAUCUGUAAUAUUGAAGCACCUGAUCAUUGGUUGCCACUGGAAAUAUGUGACAAAUUAAAAGCAGGUUUUAUUGGCAGUAAGUUUUGCCCAAUUGAAACUACUAUGCUAACAAGUAUAUUACAUAAAACAUGUCCUAAAGAUGAUGAACUACACAGUAAAUGGAAUAUUCUCUGUGAAAAAAUUAAGGGAAUAAUGUGAUUCCAAAUAAAUUUCUUAAUGGUUUUAAUGAUAAUAAAAUGUUUACUUUGUA